AUGGUUUUCUUUUUCUUUUUCUUAAAUUGAUUCACAGUGAAUUGGAGCUGGGAGUUGGUGCUUCUCUGUGUUUGAUUUGUUCUUAUUAGCAUAUAUGCCUGAGAUAUGGUGUUUAAGAAGAGGUUGAGUUAUGAAUUUAAUGGCUUCCAUGUACCUAAUGUACCUAGAGCUCCUCGAUCAAGUAGGAGGAGGGUUUUACAUAAGAGGACAGUUGAGGAUGGUCAAAUAUGUGCAAUUGAAUUGCUAGCUUCUUUAGCUGACAAGCUACUGCAGGAGAGUGAAAGUUCUGCUUCUAGUAAUGCAUCUGAAGGAAAUGAUCACUCCAGGUUUGGUAAAAAUGUUGUCAAACAGGAAAGGCAGUAUGAAGAUAAACCUUUGAAAAUAGAAUCUCUUGAUCAGGGCAGCUGUGAACUGAGUGCUUUUGGCUCGGAAUUAAUUCCUGAAAGCAAUGGUGAUUUGAAGGAGUUCCAAAAUGCUGAAAAUCAUGCCACACUGGAAUGCAUUCCAGUAAUGAAAAAAUCUAGUUUUUCAGACAAAGUUUCCAGUGAUUUGAAGACUGUGAUUGGUGGAACAGCUAAAAUAGACGGGGCCUUCUCUAAUGUUGGGGACUCCUGUGAUUGUAAGUCAGAAAAUAAAGGAUUUGACGAAGAGGGACAGCCUAAGGGUUUGGACGCUAGAACAUUGACUAUGUCUAACACAUACAUUUCAAAGGAUUCAAUGGAAAUUUGUGUGACAUUUCCUGAAUCCAUUAAUUCUGACAGAGAUGUUAAAUUGACACCACACAGGGACUUUGUUCGUAAAGCUUCCUUUUCAAGGCUUAGGAAUGCUAUUAAGCUAGGUAGUAGAGAUGAUGAUGACAAAAACUUUACUAGGUCCAAUAAAUUUAGCAACAGGUUUAAGGCUUCUAGGCCUCCAACACAUAUUGGAGACCGAAGAAUUCGGAAGUUGUUGACCUCCAAAUACUGGAAAGUUGCCCCAAAAUUGAAGGAUUUUGAAGUUUCAAAAGCUGAUAGAGGAUUAAAGCCUCUGUAUUGCAAGCGGAAAGCAUUCUACAAUAAUGGAAAAUAUCAAUAUGACAUAUUUUAUAAGAAGAAGAAGAAGUUCUGUGACUGGCACUCGGCAGUGACUUCUGAUGGAGGGGUCAGCAAUGAAAGUGUUUCCAACUCACCUGAGAAGAUCAUGAGUGGAGACAAGAGCAACUCAGCUGCCAUGUUGCACGGAGCAAAUGGGGUAUCAUCAUCAUUUAUUGGUCAGCAAGCAUCCCAUCGUUCCAUGGAUUCUCAUGUGAAGCUCAGCAUUGAAUCCUUUAGGAUUCCAGAGCUUUUUAUUGAGGUUCCAGAAACUGCAACAGUUGGUUCAUUGAAGAGGACCAUAAUGGAGGCAGUAACUGCUUUACUUGGAGGUGGAUUACGAGUUGGGGUACUUCUUCAAGGAAAGAAGGUUAGGGAUGAUAGCAGAACCCUAUCACAGUCUGGUAUUUCCUGCAAAGACAAUCUGGGUACUCUGGGUUUUACUUUGGAGCCCAGUGCCAUACAAUCUCCUGCACCUGUGUGUUCUGUAGACCCUCCACCUCCAUUGUCACAUGAUGCGGCCGAAAAUGUAACAAGGUCCUUAGCCACUCCUCCUGUAGAUUCAGGCAUUUCUGAAGCUGUACCUGAACCACCUUCACUAACCAAUCCAGAAAAUCCUACUGAUGGUAACCAAGAACCUGUUUCCUCAGACACUGACAUACUGACUGACCCAGGUCUGCCAGAAUCAAAAGCUCUUGUUCUGGUUCCAGCAAUGAAUGGUGAGGCACUAGCUGUGGUUCCCUUGAACCAGAAACCUAAGAAAUCGGAGCUUGCACAGCGCCGUACCAGAAGGCCAUUCUCUGUGACAGAAGUUGAAGCACUAGUACAGGCAGUUGAGGAAGUUGGCACUGGAAGGUGGCGGGAUGUUAAAUUACGAGCUUUUGAAAAUGCUGAGCACCGGACCUAUGUGGAUUUAAAGGAUAAGUGGAAAACACUGGUUCACACGGCAAGGAUCUCCUCUCAGCAGAGAAGGGGAGAGCCAGUGCCGCAGGAACUGUUAGACAGGGUUUUGGCUGCCCAUGCUUACUGGUCACAGCACCAGGCCAAACAACAAGGCAAGCAUCAGUCUGGAACUCUGAAACUUACAGAGACCUCUGAUAGAAAUGAAGCUGGAGCAAUUCAACUGCUGAUGUAGAGAUGGAGGUAAAAUUGACAGGAACAGGAGACAACAAAUGUACAAAUGAUGAUUCCCGUUCUGAUUCAAAUUUAUGUAAUAUUCUCACUUACAUGAUUCAUUGCGGGCUUUUCCCCACCGUGGACAGCUUGGCAACUGUAAAUGACAGAAAAUAAGAUCAUUCUAACCAAACUCAUAGUUGUUUCCUUUAAGAGUUUAGAACAAUUCAAUUGAUUUUUUUGUAAUUCAUAUAUUUGAACUUUUGUAAAAGAAAAAUAUGUACUAGUAAUUUCUUUUGAUUUUCAUUCCUGUGUAUCUCUUUCAUUUGUUGCUAUUAUUAUUAUUAUUAUUAUUAUUAUUAUUAGAGUCUAUUGAAUAAAGGUUUUGCUUUUAU